AGUGAUUGUCAUGUCACUAUGACAUUGUAGAAAAUCACAAAUAUCAAUGCAUUUUAUCUAUUCAAAGAGCAACAUUAUCUUUUAAAAAUCAAUUCUAUCUGAUUAGGUUGAAAUAUACAAUAGAUAACUUUAUUCCAUCAACGUAUUAUAACUAGUUUGUGUUGGUGCAGUGUGCUUUGGUUGUUAUUUGUUAGUCACAUGAUAGACACAGUGAUAUAAAGUCUUUGUUUUUUGGUUUUGGUAGGAGAAAAAAUUUAUUCGAUAAUGCCAGAUUUAGGAUCAUGUAUACCAUUUCCACUGGAAGAGGAAGCAUUAAAAGAAGUUAUUUCGAAGGCAAAAGAUUGGGCCAUAAUGCAUGGUGCUGCCCUGCGAUCAAAGGUCAAUUUUUCGGAGGAUUCACUUCAGUUUGCGCCGUUCAUUCUAUUGCCAACCUUAUUCCCUCGUCGCGAAUUUGAAAAGGCAGUACGUUUGCAGCCGAUUCUGAACGAGUUGAUGCACUGGGUUGCACAUGAUACGGAAUUUCUUCGUGAAACACUUUCCAACACCAUUAAAGUUGACGAAUUCACUCGAAAAUUAUUCGAGAUUUAUGAAAAGAUUCUAGCCGACAAAGAUUCGACACAAUCAUAUUCAUUGGGACUAUUGAGAUCUGAUUUGAUGCUAGAAUCGUGCUGCACUGACAAAGAUAACCAACGACCAUACUGCUGUUGGAAACAAAUUGAAAUCAAUACCAUCGCUUCUGGAUUUGGACAUUUAGGUCCAAUAAGUAGAGAAAUACAAAGCUUUGUGCUAACGGAAUUGAAUCAUGCUGACAAGGUGAAAAACUUGCCACAAAAUAACGCCUUGGCUGGUUUGUGCGAGGGAAUGAUUGAGGCUUGGAAUCUCAAAGGAAAUCCAAAUGCCGCAAUUUUGUUUAUUAUUGAAGAUGUUACCUACAACAUUUGUGAUCAAAGAUUUCAUGAAUUUUACAUUCGUAAGAUGCAUCCAGAAAUUAAGGUUAUUCGGAAAACAUUGACCGAAGUUCAUCAAUUUGGAUCACUAGGACCAAACAAUGAGCUUAAAAUAAACGAUGUCGAAGUAACCGUUGUGUAUUUCCGUGCUGGUUAUGAGCCUGGACACUAUCCUUCACAAAAUGAGUGGGACGCACGUUAUGUCAUUGAAAAAUCGACUGCAAUAAAAUGUCCAUCAAUUUCGUAUCAUUUGGCUGGUACCAAAAAAGUUCAACAAGCAUUAGCCAAACCGGGUAUCUUAAAGCGAUUCAUCACCGAUGACAUAAAAAUCAAACAAAUCACCGACAUUUUUACCGGACUUUAUGCCAUGGACAGUAAUACAGAUGAAGGACAAACUGCAUUACGUAUGGUGUUGACAGAUCCAGCAAAAUACGUGCUCAAGCCUCAACGAGAAGGGGGCGGAAAUAAUGUUUAUGGCCAUGACAUUCCAAACGCUUUACAAAAAAUGUCAGAUGUUGAGCGUUCUGCUUGGAUUUUAAUGGAGCGUAUUUUUCCACCAAUUUCAAAGGGGUAUAUGAUCCGACCCGGUGGUUCAUUUCCACCGCCACUUGUUGAUUUAGUUUCAGAGCUUGGAAUCUUUGGUGCGGUCAUCGGCGAUAAGAAUGCAAUCGUAUAUAAUUCACACUGUGGCCAUAUGUUACGUACAAAAUUAGAGAAAUCCAAUGAAGGUGGAGUGGCAGCUGGGUCUGGCGCACUUGAUAGCCCGUAUCUGUAUGAUGAUUGAGUCAUCCGAUGAAAUCGCAUUUUGUAAAUUCUAUAUAUUUUUGUUAUGAAGAUCGAACUAUUUACACAACUUUUUUUUUUUCAAAAUAUUUGUUCUGUAUAUGCACAUAAAAUAGCGCAAAGGAAUUUAAUAAAGCGGAAUAUGUAAGAACA